AUGGCAGACGGAAAUGACUCCAACGGACAAGUCAAAGUCUUUACCUCUGCAGACCGCAUCCGCCAAUUGAACGAAAUCGACAAGGAUGUCGCCAAACUUAUCCACUCCGCCGGCCUCGCAAUACAAGCACUCACAAACGCACGAGCGGGCGAUUUGUCUGCAACCGAUACCUCUCUCGAUUCACACAAAGCUCGAUUCAAAGAAGCUACGUCACAGUACUUUGCCCUGCUCUCGUCUAUCGAUGUCCGGUUACGCCGUCAGGUCUACGCGUUAGAGGAAGCUUCGAUACUUGCGCCGGAUUCAUCUUCACGGGGCGGCGAUCUUGCGGGCGCGGGCGCGGGGGCCUCGAAUGUGUCAAACCCGUUGGAUGUGAGUUGGUUGAACAGUCGGAAGGAUACUGUGGGCAAGGAGAAAGAGGCAGAGCUUUGGGCCGCUGCUAGGGAAUUUGUUCAGCAGAUGGAACAGGUACAAUCCGGGGAUAAGGACAGAGUAAAGGUAGAGGGAGGGCAGGAGAACAUGGAGGUCGAUUAA